CAUGUGCUUCACAUGUGGUUUUAACCAAUAAUAACAGAUAAAUGUCUUGAUUUGUAAAAUAAUUAAAAAUAUUUAAAAAAUGGUACAAGUAAAUACUGUAAAACCAUUUUCUAAAAAUGAUUUAAUUAGGAAAAAACUUGGAGGUGGUUGUCUUGUUAAUCAAAAGCCGGUUUUUUCCAGAGAUGGAAGUGUAAUUUUUGUGGGAGAACGGCUGAACAUUCAUGUUUAUAGUGCUGUUACUGGAGAAUUUAUUCGAUCUUACAAUUUAACUGAUAAUUAUAUCGUAAACUGGAGUACCUUAAUCACUAGACCUGAUAUUUUAGUAAUAUGCACAAACAAGGGAGAAUUAAUUUUUUGGGAUUGGAAACAAGGAGUUGAAACUUCAUAUUCGCAAUUAAAAGUUUACGCUAAUGCAAAUUUUGAAAAAGUGGAAUUUCUAUCACUUCAAACAGUCGAUACUGUUGAAUUGUGUGCAACAUGGUCGCAAGAAUCAACAAAAAAAUUAAGUGCUAGCAUUUAUAAUCAAAAUGCAAAUAGUUUUGAUAUAAUUCAAACAGGAGAUUUCGUAAAUAAAUUCCAUGCUCUAUCAACUUCAAUUAAUUCAAAAUUGUAUGCAAUAGUUCAAGAUAACAAAAUCAAUAUUGGAAUUAGUAAUGAUAAAUCUAGAACAAUACGACAUUUAAUUUCCGAAGAUCGUCAUUUUACUUGUGUUGCUUGUCAUCCUAAUGAAGAAUGUAUCGCAACUGGUGACAAUACAGGCCGGGUAUUAUUAUGGCGAAAUAUAUUUAUUAAAAAGGCACCAGUUAAAGCAAUAUACCAUUGGCAUACGUUACCUGUUGCUUGUAUAUCAUUUUCCGUUGAUGGCACUCAUAUGUAUACAGGUGGUAGAGAAUGUGUGUUAGUUAAAUGGGAUGUAGAUGCACCCCAACAUAGAAAUUUUUUACCUCGAGUGCAAGCUCCCAUCAAACAUGUUGCUGUUAGUUAUGAUAAUUUACUGGUGGCAAUUUCCAUGGCAAAUAAUGCCGUUCAUAUAACAGAUACUCAAAGAAAUUUGAAAGUAAUUUUAAGUAAUAUGUCAUGGAGUGUAAUAAGCACACCGAAUGUAGAUUGUUUUCGUGCAGGCUUACAUUAUGAUCCUAGAUCUGAAAGUAUUAUUAUGAAUAGUCAUAUUGGUCAUAUACAAUUUUAUAGUUUAUUUUUUAAUAAAUUAUUAUAUAAUUUGGAUAUUACUGGACAUAAUAUAUUGACAGAAGAACAAAGUGAUAUAAUUAUGAAUAUAGACGUUGUGAAAAUAGCAAUAUCUACAUUUGGGGUAUGGCUAGCAACCGUUGAAGAACGAUGCGAUACUGAUUCAUACUUUGAAAGUCGCUUAAAAUUUUGGAACUAUGAUUCUAAUGAUCAAAAGUGGGUAUUAAAUACAUGUGUGUCGUUACCUCAUGAGAAUGGUGUGAUUGAUAUUAAGUUCAAACCUUCGCAAUCUAGAAACUUAGAAAUAACGAAUGCGACAUGUAUUUCAAUUGGUAAAGAUAAAACAUUUAAAAUUUGGAAUUUAAUGGAUAGUACAAUACAUGGUCAGACCCAUGUAUGGAAAAGCAUCGCUUCAGGAUAUUAUUUAAAUAGACAACCUUCAUGUAUUGAUUUUUCAUACGAUGGAUCAUUACUAGCAAUUGGAUUUACGUCGACGUUAACAGUUUGGGUGCCCGACACAUGUGAAUUAAAAUGUGCAUUAGUACAUACGCCAUACUCUUCAGAACCAAUUAAACAAAUUGUAUUUGGCAAUUGUGAAGACUGUCAUUUAGUUGUAACAGUUACAUCAGAACGAAUAUGCGUUUGGAAUUUGUUGUCAUUAACUUUAUUGUGGAAUGUACCGAUUAAGGUCAAUUUGUUAUGCAAAGAUAAUAAAAGUGCAUAUUUAGCUGCGUUUACCGAAUCUAAUAAAUUAUUCGUUUUUACGCCACAAUAUUCAACACCUGUUUAUGUUCAUGAAAAUAUAUGCGACAAUAGUUAUAAAGUAUUACAAGCAAUUUUCAUUCCACAAAAAAUUACAAAAUCUACAAGUUCUUGGCAACAAUAUUCCCAACUUUAUUUUAUUGAUUCUAAGCAGGAACUUGUAACAUUAGAAGAAAAAUCUUCAAAUGAAGAUAAUGAUCAAUAUGUGGAAUCAAUUGUGAAGAGUAAAACUUAUAAUCCAUUUUCAUCAUUAAAAGCACUGUCAACGGUAGUUGAUAUUCACAAGUUUAGUACAACGAAAAUUACUCGCAAUGAAUUACCUGGGGCCCUCAAUAUUAAAGAAAUUAUUCUAAUGCCAUCACAUACGUGUGCUCCAAUGAGGUACAUGUGUGUACCUGUUCUAAAAUCAAUGCUUAAAACAAAUAGUGCUGUUCAAGAACAGGAUGAAGAAAUGGAUGUAGAAAUUUUGUAACUUUUUUUAUAUUUUAUAACAAUUAUUGUAUUCAAUUCUAGCAUGUGUUUCGAAUAUAGUCGAGCAGAAAAAUAGUAUAUACACCACGGGUCAAGUAAAGAAUGUCUCAGCUCUCAUAUUUGUUGCCCGAGGCGAAGCCGAGAUGAACAUGAGAUUUGAGAUAAUCUUUACUUUUGCUACCUAGAUGUGAAAUAUACUAUUAAUGAGUUGGAAUUGCUGCCUUUUUUCUAUAAAUAAAAAUAUAGUUCCACUCGA